CUUCAUAACCAGGUUUCAGGAUGGAACCGAAGACAAGUCUAGUCGCUCCGUUCGUUCUGUGUCUGCUACUCGUUUCUCUUCAAUCAACGGAGGCAUGCCGUGGAGGUCGAGGUGGCGGAGGAGGUCCACCUCCGGACAAGCAACCACCAACUUUAGUUCCUGGGACCUGCCCCUCUGCCAAAAUGGUGUAUGCAGACCCUUUAUCAUACAGUACGGUUGUCCGCUGGGAUGAACCAAGAGCUAGUGACAAAAGCCCACCAAUAAGUGUGGUGAGAAAAGAUGGUGGCCCAGCAAAUGGUGGCUACUUCAGUGCCUCUAGGUCACCAUACACCAUUAGAUACUUGGCAAAGGAUGAUAAGGGCAACAAAAACGACAACCUUUGCACAUUCACCAUCAGAGUGAUAGUAAAGAGAUGCGGAGUCCACCCACCGGUUGCCUCGGGCGCUGUUUCCUGUUCCCAUGGCAACAUGUACGGCUCGGAAUGUUCCAUCAGCUGUUUGAGUGGCUACUCUAUCCAUGGGGCAUCCCGACGCACUUGCCAAGUCAAUCGAAUGUGGUCCGGUUCUAAACCGAGAUGCACACCAAUUCAGUGUCCAUCUCUACCUGGGACUUCCUGCACAAACGGCAACAACUACAACAGCAUCUGCACCCACUUAUGCCCUCGUCCUGGCUACAGCUUUGCCCCAGGACAGAGUGGCACCAGGGUCUGCCGAGCUGAUCGCUCAUGGACUGGUUCACCCCCAACAUGUGUAGAUGUGCAAGAUCCAACACUGACCUGCCCAGACACCAUCAGAACUUUCGCGGCUGCGUCUCAGACAUCUGCAAAUGUCCCCUGGGACCUGCCCCAAGUGAGUGACAACUCUGGAGUCGACAUCAUCCCUGAGCUGACAACAGGUCUGCCGCCUGGCUCGUUGUUCAGUCGAGGGUCUCACGCCAUCAGUUACCGGGCUCAAGAUGAAGCAGGAAACACUGCAACAUGCUCGUUCUCUAUCAUUGUCCAAGUGAUCCAGUGUGCAGAUCUCUCCUACCUCACUGGUCAGAGGAGGACGUGUUCAUCACAGUUCAACUACGGCUCUGUCUGUCAGUUUGAAUGUCGGUCAGGCUUUGUGUUGACCGGUGGUCAGGCGAGUAUUGAAUGUCAGAGACAAGGAGAUACAGGAGUGUGGAGUGCACAGCAGCCAACCUGCCAAGCUGUAACCUGCACUGCGUUGACCGCACCAGUCAACGGUGGAUUUUUCAACAAUAUCACCUGCUCGACAGCCUAUGGCUCUUGGUGUCGGUUCACUUGCGACGACGGGUACCAGCUGACUGGCAGUGGAGUGCGUCGCUGUCUGGCACAGCCUGGAGCGGCUGAGGGAUACUGGGAUGGCUAUGAGGCUCGCUGCGAAGUGCAAACCUGUCCACGAGCCUACAUCCCUGUUAAUGGUUACAUCAGCAACUCCCAGGAUUGCCCAGCUACUGAUCAGAUCCCAGCAGGGACUACAUGCCGCUACGCCUGCCAACCAGGCCAUGUACUGACUGGGUCUACUGAGGUGACGUGUGGCAACGAUGGAAACUGGAACUCGGCCUUCCCAUACUGUCAAGUUAUCACCUGUGACAGCAGUGAACUGCCCUCACCACAAAACGGCUUCAAGAAUGGCUGCCCCCACGCAGAGGAAACCUACAGCACGACGUGCACGCUGGGUUGCAAUCUGGGCUACAUGCCCACCCAGCCUACUUACGUCAUGUGUACUGACGACGGGAAUGGCACGGCAACGUGGGAUGCCAACACGAUCAUGUGCGAAGCCGUCCAGUGUGAUCCACUGGAGAUGCCUGGUACACCAGGCUACCAACCUUUGUCCUGCACACUCAAUGGAGUGGCAGUGACGGAUACAGACCAGAGGCAGAGUUACAUCACCGUCUGUGUGGCGUCAUGUGACCUGGGAUUCACCAGUAGCGGCUCAGCGAGUCGUACAUGUCAGCUGAACGGCCAAUGGGAUGGUGUCCCUCUACAGUGCACAGAUAUAACCCCACCCACUUUGACAUGCCCACCUGACAUCACGCUGUUUGCAGGACGGGGGACCAGCUUUGCAGUUGUGGGCUACGGGUGGGAACCACUCACAGCCAUGGACGCCAGUGGUAACAUCAUUGCGACACUGGUUAGCAUCAAUGGCCAGCCAGUACCAGCAAAUAGGAGUUCUAUAUUCCACGAAGGGACAUAUAGCCUGGUCUAUAGUGCAGAAGAUGGCAGCAAUAACGAAGCUGUGUGCAGUGUCGUAGUGAAUGUCUUGGUCGCCAGGUGCCCGCCGUUGUACGGUCCCCAGAACAGUGAGACCAUUCUGGUGUCGGGCCAAGGGGGAUGUGAUAAUGCUGCUGUGUUUGGCUCAGUGUGCAACAUCAGCUGUGAGGAAGGUUACACACUGUCAGAUGGCAGCCAACAAGUUACAGCUGAGUGCGUCAAGAACAUAGCGUCGUCCACAGUGGGUUAUUGGCAGAGCCCAUCGGUACAGUGUGUCCCCAACACAUGCCAAGUACCAGCCAUUCCUAAUGGCUACAUAUCAGGCUGCAGUGGCCAGGAGGUGGAUUACCAGUCAUCCUGCGCCUUUGUGUGUAAUCCUGGUUACCGUAGCAACCAUACAUCCCAGAGUAGGACCAUGAGGACUUGUCUGGCCGAUGGGACGUGGACCGGAGUGCAACCAGUUUGUGAAGCUGUUGUAUGUAAUGGCUUACUGAAUCUGACCCACGGCACAGUGCAACCAAGUGACUGCUCUUCCCAGGCUGAACUUCCUUACAACACUCUGUGUACAUUCACAUGUGAUGAUGGAUUCUCUCUCAGUGGUCCAUACAGUAAGGUGUGUACUGACCGAGGAGUGUGGAGCGAUGCACGCCCAGUCUCUUGCUCAGACUAUCAGCCACCAGUCUUCACGGACAACUGCCCCGUGUAUGUCAAUCAAAUUGCACCGGCCAACAUGAGACAAGCUAUUGUCACUUUCCAAACGCCACAGGCCACAGAUAACUCUGGGGAUGUUACAGUGACAAGUCAAGACCCAAGCCUCGGUUCAGGUUCUUCAUUCCUUGAGGGUACAACUCGUCUGAUAUACACUGCUACAGAUGCUGCCAUGAACAGCAGACGCUGUGAUGUGUACGUCACUGUACAAGUUCUGCGCUGUCGCCCUCUACAAGCCCCUGCCAGUGGUUCCUUGGUCCAGUGCCCCAGUAACAUCUACGGAGCCAGUUGCAGCUUUGCCUGCAAUGCAGGCUAUGACCUGGAUGGUCCUAGUAGUAGGACCUGUGAGAGGGUGAACAGUGGACAGAUGCAAGUGGAGUGGUCUGGGACAAGCCCAAGAUGUCUACCGAUCACUUGCCUGGCCCUGGCUGACCGGCUCCCUGCUAUACGCUCGGGUUGCUUUCAGUACCCACCAGCAACUGAAGUACUGGGCACCACUUGCAGCUGGUACUGUCCUUAUGGCUACGGUGGAGUUGGUUCCCAGCAGUCUAUGUGUCUAGCAAAUAGCACGUGGGAUGUAGUUGACUUCUCCUGUGAAGAACGUAGUUGUCCAGCUCUAGUGCCCUCUGCUGGUAUGGAGAUAUCUCCAGCUAUUUGCCUGACUUCUCCAACCUUCAACGAUAACUGUUUCCUGCGUUGCUCACAGUCAGGCUACAGGGUGGAUCCUCCGUCCUAUGACUUCAUCCGUUGCCUGGGUAACGGGGAUUGGUCACGUGACAGCACUGCAUUCACUUGUGUUGAUUACGAGGUUCCCCAGUUCACUUCAUGCCCGUUGGAUUUCAUCGAAUACACACCACAAGGCGCAACCGAAGCCACUGUGACGUGGACUGUGACAGCAACAGACAACUCAGGAGUAACACCCUCCAUAGCCUGCAAUAUCCAACAACCAGCGACGCUGCCAGUAGGGGAACACUCACUCAGGUGUACGGCUACCGACGGCGCAGGGAACCAGGCAAACUGUGACUUUGAAGUCCAAGUUACAGUUCGCCAAUGUCGACAGCUCAAUCCGCCAUUUUACGGCAACUUUGUCGCGGCAUGUGAUAACAGCCACGGAUCUACUUGCCAAGUCCGCUGCCAGAAUGGCUACACGCUACAGGGCUCUGACACUGCUACCUGCUCCAGGAAUGCCAGCACUGGGCUGAUGUACUGGGCCUGGAAUGGUCAACGACCAUCCUGCCGAAUUGCAAGCUGUCCACCCUUAUCUGAUCAGCUGAUUCCCCUGGGUGGGGGUGUCUAUCCAUCCUUCUGUCGUGGUCCCAUCCAUCCAUAUUACGGCACCGUCUGUCAAUUCUACUGCCGCAAUGGAUUUGACUUGGUAGGCCCUGCAGACCACCAGAGGCUGACAUGCCUGUCUAACGGAACGUGGGACCAGAACUUGUACACACUCAACGUGCAAUGUCGAGACAAUGUGCCACCAACCCUCCGUGUCUGCCCAGGCUCUCUAUCAGGCUCCAUGUCUGGCCAAACGCUGGGCGUUGUGCUAUCCUUCGAUAUCCCCAUGGCUGCUGACAAUUCAGGUGCCCAACUGACCGUGAUUAAGACUCCAUCGGACAUCACCUCACCGUACAAUUUCACUCGGGACACCGACGUGUCGUACAUCUUCACUGAUGCUGGAGGGAACAGUGUGGCUUGCAAUUUCAGUGUUAACAUUCAAGACAACCUGUCGCCUGUCCUGGUGUCUUGUCCAGACAGUCGGAAUGUAACACCCACGGAAGUUAACACUGCAAUUUUUUGGCCACAGCCGGUGUUCCUUGAGUUGACCGGCGAUACAUUGGACAUUAGUUGCAGUCAUCAGAAUGGCUCGUCCUUUGGAUGGGGCUCUCACAUCAUCCAAUGCAGCGCAACUAAUCUGGACAACGGCAAGACCACCAUGUGCCAAUUCACUGUCACCAUCACACCCAGGGCAUGUCAAAAUCUUGCAGCACCUCGACAUGGAGCCAAGGCAUGUGACAGUUGGGCCUUCGGACGCUACUGUUCUAUGUUUUGCAAUGUGCAAUAUGAUGUGUCUACUGCGGAUAUGUUCCGCACUUUUCUAGUGUGUGGCUAUACUACAGGAACUUGGGCUCCAUCCAGUAGGUUCCCGACGUGUCGCCCAAGACAGACUGUUAACCACAUGGCUGUACUGUCUGAGCUACAUUACUUCAGUGGUGACUGUUCUUCCCCUGACACACAAGCCCAGAUCAAAGAGCAGUUUAUCCAAAUUCUCAAUGGUUCUAACUUUGCUUCCAUAUGCACCCAAUAUGCUUCUGAGUGCAACGUGGACAAUGUUGAAGUGACUUGUGGUUCCUCCAAACGCAAGCGCCGUGACGUGAGCAUCUGGCCAGAAUCGUCGCUGGACUUUGGAAUCGAGCUUGACCAACUGAAGUCCAUCUCUCCAGAACUUGGUGCAGAGGAAUUCACUGAGCAUGCCCAGAAGCGGUUUGCCGACAUGCGCGCAAAAGGGAAGCUGCCACCGAAUGGCCGGGUUGACCGACGGCGCCGGUUGCCUACCCCGAGACGAAAACCAAACACGGACCAUGAACGCAGUCGACGGUCUACAAUGUCGCACACCUUUACGGUAUCAUUCAGCAUGAAUUACUUGCUGCCCUCAGACCCAACCAUGUCGGAUUACGAUUAUGAAGAUGAGUGUUGGAAUGGCUACGAUGCACUGUAUGACAUAGUGGACAGCGUAGAAGACAUGGCUGACAGUGGUGGCUUGGCGAUUUCAGUGCCUGGCAUGGAGAUUGGUACCCAACCUGAGCUUGAUUAUACUGAACCUGGUCCAGACUGUCCCCAUGGGUACCUGCCUACUCUUAGCAUGACCUGUGUGAGUUGCCCAGUGGGUGAAUUCUUUGACAAUGCCACCCUGGACUGUGUGGAUUGUCCUAUCGGUCAGUAUCAAGAUGAAGAUGAGGAGCCACAUUACACCUGCAAGAUGUGUCCCACAGGAACCUCCACCAUCCUAGCUGGCUCCACCAAUCUUACUGACUGCCUACGCUUCUGUCCAAGCGGUCAGUAUUCCAACACCGGACUUGAGCCGUGCUUCCAAUGUGAGAAAGGAUCCUACCAGUCUGAGGCUGGGUCAGUCUCCUGUCAGCAAUGUCCAGUUGGUCAGUCUACGGCCAGGAUUGGAUCCACAAGCUUACAGGACUGUGCAGCCACAUGUCCUGCUGGAUCGUUCUCCAUUUCUGGGAUCCAGCCGUGUGUCCUGUGCCAGCUUCAUAGUUACCAGCCCCAGCGAGGUCAAAGUUCAUGUCUCUCGUGCCCCGCCGGGCAUAUAACCCAGGUCAUCGGGGCCACAGAUUUGACCAUGUGUAGCAUACAAACCUUCUGCACUGCUACAUCGUGUCUGAACGGUGGAACCUGCGUGGAGCAACUGGAGUCCUUCCGCUGUGAAUGCCCAGCGGGUCUGACUGGCACACACUGUGAGACUGAUGUGAUUGACUGCCAGCAAGAUUCUUGCUUCAAUGGAGCUACCUGUGUGGAUGAACUCAAUGGGUUCAACUGCACCUGUGCUGCUGGAUAUCAAGGUGAUGAUUGCUCUCUCCUGAUAGAUUUCUGCAUGAAUGAUCCUUGUGAGAAUGAUGGUACAUGUAGCAGUCAGACCAGUGGAUUCACAUGCGCAUGUGGUGUUGGUUUCACUGGUGUCAGGUGUGAGGAAGACAUUGAUGAAUGUCUGAUGCAACCCUGCCAACACGAUGGAUCUUGUGUUAAUGUAGACGGAGACUAUCUAUGCCUGUGUGUUGCCGGCUUCAUAGGGGAUAACUGUGAGACUAAUGUAGAUGAGUGUAAAUCCAACCCAUGCCAGCGUAAUGGUACAUGUGUGGAUGCUGAUAACGGAUAUCACUGUCAGUGCAUCACAGGUUACUCCGGUAAUCAUUGUGAGAUUGACAUAGACAUGUGUGCCAACAACCCUUGCAGCAACGGUGCAACCUGCCAAGAUUUAGAUGAUCGAUAUCAGUGUGCAUGUCCCCACGGCUAUGGUGGCAGCCACUGUGAACUGGUCUUGACUCCAUGUGAUUAUCAUCCAUGUGAAAAUGAUGGUACCUGCACUGAGACAUUGACAGAGGAGACUGGAUACAAGUGUGAAUGCUUGCCAGGAUUUACCGGACCGGAGUGUAAGAUCAAUGUGAAUGAGUGUGCUAGUGGACCAUGCUCUAACGGUGGCACCUGCAUCGAUGGUGUCAACAGAUAUGACUGUAUCUGUACUGAUGGCUUUGAAGGACCGCGCUGUGAGGGACGUCCAGACCUCUGCAACCCCAACCCUUGUCAACACAACGCAGCAUGUGAGGAUGAAGGAGAGGAUUAUUACUGCACCUGCCCUGCCGGUCUGUCAGGCAGAGAUUGUGAGAUCCAGGUGGAUGCCUGCCAUGACGGAGAGACGUGCUUGAAUGGUGGAGCCUGUGCACCGCCCUCUAUGGUCCAACUCUGUCUAUGUCCUGCUGGAUUUGCAGGAGAGCAUUGUGAGAUUAACAUCAAUGACUGUGCCAAUUCUCCAUGUGCCAACGAAGCUCCCUGCGUAGAUGGUAUCCAGUCGUUCACCUGUCACUGCUUGGAAGGUUUCACUGGUACUCUGUGUGAGAUCGAUAUUGAUGAAUGCGCAUCCAAUCCCUGCCAUAAUGGAGGGGCAUGCGUCGAUAAGAUCAGUGGGUACCGGUGUGACUGUACCGAUGGUUUCAAUGGAAUUGACUGUGAAAACAACAAGGAUGAUUGCGUGGCCGGAGCUUGUGGCAACGGUCGAUGUGUGGAUGGCAUCAACUCAUUCAAAUGUGUGUGUAACAUCGGUUUCACUGGCCGUAGGUGUGAUAUUGAUAUCAAUGAAUGCCAAUCUCAUCCAUGCGCUAACGGCGGCACGUGUCGUGACAUGGUGAAUGGUUUCAUCUGUGAUUGCGUAGAUGGAUGGAUCGGUGAGCAGUGUGAGAUUAAUGAAGACGAUUGCGCCAAUACCCCAUGCCUGAACUCUGGUCAUUGCAUCGACGGCCUACAGUCCUACACCUGUCAAUGCUUACCAGGCUUCACGGGUCAGAACUGUGAGACCAACAUCAAUGAAUGUCUGAGUAAUCCUUGUCUCAACCAAGCAACCUGCAUCGAUGGAAUCAACAUGUUCACCUGCGAUUGCAAGAAGGGAAAGAAAGGUACACUGUGCCAAAUUGACUUGGGUAACUGCCAGCCAAAUCCUUGCAAGCACGGUGGGUCUUGUACCCCAACUACUACUGGGUUUGUGUGUCAGUGUCAGGCUGGGUUUGAAGGAGCAGAGUGCCAGACUAAUAUUGAUGACUGCACCAACCAUCAGUGUCUGAAUGGAGCAAGCUGUAUUGAUCAGGCCAACCGUUAUUCCUGUCGCUGUACUCCAGACUACACAGGACAGUUUUGUCAGACAGUUUUAGACAUCUGCUCAGCUGAGCCGUGUCUGAACAACGCAGUCUGUCUGCCGAGUGUAGACAGCACAAGCCACUGCAUAUGCCAAGCAGGUUUCACAGGGAUGCGAUGCGAGGUGGCCAUUGAUAACUGCACACCCAACCCUUGCCUGCAUGAUGGUACAUGUUUCAAUGGGAUCAACUCAUACUUAUGUGUCUGUCCACCAGGCUAUAGCGGGACUGAAUGUGAGCAGGAUAUCGAUGAGUGCGUGAGUAAUCCUUGUCAGAAUGGAGCUGAGUGCAUUGACGGCAUCAACCAAUACGACUGCAAAUGCAGACCAGGAUUUCAGGGCGAAUACUGCAGCCAUCGCGUACCGUCCAAUUUUGACAUGGUGUUCCGACGUGAUCAUCCUCACCAGUAUAACACUGUACAUCAAGUCAUUAAUGAACCACUGGGAGCUUUCACCAUCACGAUGUGGAUUCGAUCAGUCACAUCUGAUGGGGUUAUACUGACCUAUACAACCCAGAGCACUGGACAGACACUGCAGAAUGCACAGAUUGCCCUGAGUCAUCCUGGGGCAUUGGUUGUCUACAUUCAAGGUUUUCAGUUUUCCUCCUCUGUCUCUGUGAAUGACAAUCGUUGGCAUCAUCUAGCAGUGUCUUGGGACGAGCACGGAGGUAUUCUCAAGAUGUAUCGAGAUGGGCAUCUGGUGCUGAACCAGUAUCACAUCAGAUCCGGUGCCCGUAUCAACAGUGGAGGGACAUUCAAUCUAGGACAGCUACCAAAUGGUGACGGUACCCAGACGGACACUUUCACUGGUUUUCUGAGUAACGUCAACAUGUGGGAUACAGCACUGCCGGUGUCCGCCAUUCUGCCACACGCUCAGACCUGUGACUCUCUUGCCCUCGGCAACCUCAUUGCAAGCCCUUACUUCAUCGACAGGGGCUUCCUGGGAGAAAUUCAGACACCAUCACUGUGCGACAUGGUAGACGAGUGUGCCUCCAACCCCUGUGCAGCAGGCAGUACCUGCAUUGAUGAAAUCAAUCGUUAUAUCUGCCGAUGCCCACCGGGCUUCACUGGCCAACGCUGCCAGACAAACAUCGAUGAUUGUGGAACGGGCCCAAGCCCUUGUGACAACGGGGGAACCUGUGUGGAUGGAGUAGGCAGUUUCAGCUGCCAGUGCCUGCCUGGGUUUUCGGGAGAAGCUUGUGAGCUGAGAAUGGUUGAUGGAGGCUGGAGUGAGUGGAGUGAAUGGGAGGAGUGUAGCCAGUCCUGUGAAGGUGGCACUCAGUCCCGUCGUCGUUCCUGCACCAACCCACGCCCAGCCUACGGUGGCAGCACCUGUGCAGGUCCAAUCACUGAGACCCAGCAGUGCAAUACGGCACCUUGCCCAACCUGUGGGCAUGUGAACAAGCCCUUCAGAGGAAACCUGAACUGCCAAGGUGCUGGUGAGGAGCAGAAUUGCACCAUCUCCUGCUGGCAAGGCUAUGCAUUCAGUCGGGCCAUUCUACCCUCCUACCAAUGUGGUCCCUCGACCGACUACAAGUGGUCACAUGAGACUGAGGACAACCCAGGAUUGGCUCUUCCUAAGUGUACAAAGUACAAGCCGCCAAUUAAGGUUGCCAUGGAGAUGAAACUUGCAUACAGCAAUGACCUGACCUGUGAUGGGGUCAACGUCACUAAAGAUGGCCUGGCAUAUCAGCGAGUCAACGAUGCUAUCACGAUGAACCUACAGACGCUCAGCUGUGUGCAGGACAACUCUUGUGCUGUGAAACACCAGAUCAGUGGCUGCAGUCCACAUAUUCCCGGGGACCAUGCCCGCAGACGCCGACGUCGAUCCCUCGAAGCGGUCCAUAUCACCAUCAAGCUGGAACGUGAUGUUGACAUCCCUGAUCAACAGAACCUGACCAAUGAAGAAGUGUUCAACCAAAACAGCUCCAUUGAGGCAACCUAUAUGCUUCGUAACUCUGCUGGUAAGCUGAUCAAUCAGUCUACAUCGGGCCAGUUUGCCAUCAACGUAGACAGUCGGGUUUACGACGUGGACUCGGAGCAGACCAAGAGUUACGGCAUGCCUGUCUGUCCCCCUGGUACAGUGCGUAUGGAGGCAGAGGACGUACGAUGCGUUCCCUGCGAGUCGGGCUGGUAUAACUACCUGGAGGAUUGCUACCCGUGUCCACGUGGCAUGUACCAGUCACUAGAUGGCAGUACAUACUGCCAUGCCUGUCCACGUGGCCGCACAACCACCGGCCCCUCCGCUACUAAGGAAGGAGAUUGCCAAGUCAUCACCCUGUAGUCUCUUCAAAAGUUCUAAAAAUCAGCUAGUCUCCAAAACUAGUCUGAGAAGCCAAGAUUGCGUUUUGCCCUUCACUCACUGAUUUCAAACAAACAUAUUGAUGGUCUGUAAAUGCUUCAACAGCAACAGCUGUCAUCUACCUUGCUUGUACCAAUACAUUUAAUUACAAACAUAGAAGAUGUUGGAUUGCUUAGGGAAGCAGUGCAAAUUUAAGCAGAGUUUCAAGAACAAACUUCAACUCAUAUUGCCUCAUUUUUUUGUAAUUGUUUAUUAUUCUGGGGGAAAGAAUCCUCCACUGACUUUAUGGAACUUUUGAUGAGAAAAUGUCCAUCAAAUUAUUACAAUCAUUUCAUAAAUACCAUUUCGAUGAUUUUGUUUGUACUGUCUCCAUUUUUUGGAGUAGCUAAAUGUAACAAUAUAUUUCUCCUAAUAUAAUAUACUCAGAAAAUAUAAAAUUUACUCAGAAUUUAAUCAGUCUUUGAAUGACUUUUAAAGGCAGUUUGUUAAGGUGUUAAUAAGUAUUGCUGGAUUUUUGUUUAAUCCUUUAGCACUUGUAUUACAUUGUAUUACAUUGUAUGUACUCCUCCAUCGGCCAUUGAAACCAAAGAGCGUUGGGGGGGUUUGGGGAUAUGAGGUGUUACAGGCAGGGCAUUUUGGGGCGGUACAAGGGCUAAAAUGUUAUCAAUAUUUGCAGCUAAUAGCGCAUACAUAAUCAAGAGCCUGUUAUUUGCUUUGCAAACAAUCAGGAGUUACACUUUUAAUAUUAAUAAUACAUGUACACAGAUUGUUUUUUAUGACAAGUGUUUGUAAUGCUGUAUUGAGAUGAAUUUAUUUUAAGGAUUUGUGUGUGUGUACUUGUUCAGUUUUCUGUCCUGAAGUCCCGGCCAUUCGGUCAAAUUGAAUUGAGUCAAUAAUGCAUGGCAAGACUCUAAAUUUAGUGAAGAAUGAUUAGGAAUCGCAUGUUUGCCUGAUAAAGUUUCAUCCCAAUGAACUUAUGCAGCAAAUGAACACCCUCAAAACUGGUGUUAUGCAGUGUUUCCUUGAAAAAAAUCAUGUUUGUUUGUUGCACAGCCACUACCUUUAGAUAUUGCUAUGUUGGGCUGUUGGGGUGUUGGUGUGUUUGUUUGGUUGGUUGGUUGGUUGGUUAUUUUUCUGUUUGGACCCACAAAUCUAUUUUUGUUACUUAUAACAGCGUGUUAGAAUCCUAUAUUUCUCAAAAUGUUUUGACAAACUUUGGUAUGUAUUUCUUCUGGAAAGAAAACACCCAAUGAUUCUAGGAGUGAUUGUAAAAGCACUUAAUGGAACAAGCUUCCAUUUUCUGGUUGUUAAUCAUCAUCAUCAGUCAGUUAUUAGUAAGUGUGAAGAUUAUGUUCACAAUCCAAUGUGCAAAGCUUUCUUGCAUGAAGUACCAUAUGAGAAGAAUCAUACAUUUUUGAUUGAUAACAAUGUUUAGUAUAUACUCAGAAUUUUUUUUUUUACUGAAUUGUACCUGUAGUAAUGAGGUUUAGUCAGUGCUUUGUCUAUUAAAAUGCAUUUUGUAUACA